GGGCGGGGGCCGCGUCCGAGUCCCGGGAGUCUCUGGGGCCUGUGGGCGCUGGGCAGCCGGGAGUCUGCGCCGGCCGGGCCGGGAUGAGCAAUGGCAUCAGUCAAGGUGGCCGUGAGGGUCCGGCCCAUGAAUCGCAGUAGACCCUGGCUACCACUCCACAGCAGUGCAGAGGUCUGGUUCAUCCCUCUUCCGGCAGCCCAGCACUCCAUGUGCAGGGAAAAGGACUUGGAAGCCAAAUUCAUUAUUCAAAUGGAGAAAAGCAAAACAACAAUCACCAACUUAAAGAUACCAGAAGGAGGUACUGGGGACUCCGGAAGAGAACGAACCAAGACCUUCACCUACGAUUUUUCUUUUUAUUCUGCUGAUGCAAAAAGUCCAGAUUAUGUUUCACAAGAAAUGGUUUUCAAAACCCUCGGCACAGAUGUUGUGAAGUCUGCAUUUGAAGGUUAUAAUGCUUGUGUCUUUGCAUAUGGGCAAACUGGAUCGGGAAAGUCAUACACUAUGAUGGGAAAUUCUGGUGAUUCAGGCUUAAUACCUCGGAUCUGUGAAGGACUCUUCAGUAGGAUAAACGAAACGACCAGAUGGGAUGAAGCAUCUUUUCGAACUGAAGUCAGCUAUUUAGAAAUUUAUAAUGAACGUGUGAGAGAUCUACUUAGACGGAAGUCAUCUAAAACCUUCAAUUUAAGAGUACGUGAGCAUCCAAAAGAAGGACCUUAUGUUGAAGAUUUAUCAAAACAUUUAGUACAGAAUUAUGGUGAUGUAGAAGAACUUAUGGAUGCAGGAAAUAUCAAUCGCACCACAGCAGCAACUGGGAUGAACGAUGUCAGUAGCAGGUCUCAUGCCAUCUUCACCAUCAAGUUCACUCAGGCAAAAUUUGAUUCUGAAAUGCCCUGUGAAACUGUGAGUAAGAUCCACUUAGUCGAUCUUGCUGGAAGUGAGCGUGCAGAUGCCACUGGUGCCACUGGGGUUAGACUAAAGGAAGGGGGGAAUAUUAACAAAUCCCUCGUGACUCUGGGAAAUGUCAUUUCUGCCUUAGCUGAUUUAUCUCAGGAUGCAGCAAACCCUCUUGUAAAGAAGAAGCAAGUUUUUGUGCCUUACAGGGAUUCUGUUUUGACUUGGUUGUUAAAAGAUAGCCUUGGAGGAAACUCUAAAACUAUCAUGAUUGCCACCAUUUCCCCUGCUGAUGUCAAUUACGGAGAAACCCUAAGUACUCUUCGCUAUGCAAAUAGAGCCAAAAACAUCAUCAACAAACCUACUGUUAAUGAGGAUGCAAAUGUCAAACUCAUCCGUGAGCUGCGAGCUGAAAUAGCCAGACUGAAAACACUGCUUGCUCAAGGAAAUCAGAUUGCCCUCUUAGACUCCCCUACAGCCCUGAGUAUGGAGGAAAAACUUCAGCAGAAUGAAGCAAGAGUUCAAGAAUUGACAAAGGAAUGGACAAACAAGUGGAAUGAAACACAAAAUAUAUUGAAAGAACAAACUCUGGCACUUAGGAAAGAAGGAAUUGGAGUUGUUUUGGAUUCUGAACUGCCACAUCUGAUUGGCAUUGAUGAUGACCUUCUGAGUACUGGAAUCAUCUUAUAUCACUUGAAGGAAGGUCAGACAUAUGUUGGUAGAGAAGAUGCUUCAACAGAACAAGAUAUUGUUCUUCAUGGCCUGGACUUGGAGAGUGAGCACUGUAUCUUUGAAAAUGUCGGGGGAACCGUGACUCUGAUACCACUGAGUGGGUCACAGUGCUCUGUCAACGGUGUUCAGAUCAUGGAAGCAACACAUCUAAAUCAAGGUGCCGUGAUACUCUUGGGAAGAACCAAUAUGUUCCGCUUUAACCACCCAAAGGAAGCAGCCAAGCUCAGAGAGAAGAGGAAGAGUGGCCUUCUGUCCUCCUUCAGCCUGUCCAUGACUGACCUCUCCAAGUCUCGUGAGAAUCUCUCUGCCGUCAUGUUGUAUAACCCGGGUGAACUUGAAUUUGAGCGGCAACAGCGAGAAGAAUUGGAAAAAUUAGAAAGUAAAAGGAAACUCAUAGAAGAAAUGGAGGAAAAGCAAAAAUCCGAUAAAGCAGAACUGGAACGGAUGCAGCAGGAGGUGGAGACGCAGCGCAAGGAGACGGAGAUCGUCCAGCGCCAGAUUCGCAAGCGGGAGGAGAGUCUCCAGCGCCGCAGUUUCCACAUAGAGAGCAGGCUGAAGGACCUGCUCGCCGAGAAGGAAAAAUUUGAAGAGGAAAGGCUGAGGGAACAGCAGGAAAUUGAGCUGCAGAAGAAGAAGCAAGAAGAAGAGAGCUUUCUCCGAGUCCAAGAAGAACUCCAACGCCUCCAAGAACUCAACCACAAUGAGAAGGCCGAGAAGAUUCAGAUAUUUCAAGAACUGGACCGGCUCAAAAGGGAAAAGGAUGAACAGUAUGCCAAACUCGAACUGGAAAAAAAGAGACUAGAGGAGCAGGAAAAGGAGCAGGUCAUGCUCGUGGCCCAUCUGGAAGAGCAGCUUCGAGAGAAGCAGGAGAUGAUCCGUCUCCUCCGGCGAGGGGAAGUCCAGCGCGUGGAGGAGGAGAGACGCGACCUGGAAGGCAUCAGGGAGUCUCUCCUGCGGGCGAAGGAGGCGCGGGUGGAGGGGGACGUUGGUGGCGAGGAGUUAGAACGAGCACAGCUGCAUUUCCUAGAGUUCAAGAGAAGGCAGCUGGUCAAAUUGGCCAACUUGGAGAAAGAUCUGGUCGAGCAGAAAGACCUCCUGAAAAAGGAGGUUGAAGAAGAACAGGAAAUCCUGGAGCGUCUCAAGUCAGAAAAUGAGGACAAAUUCCGGUUGUUGGGAAAGAAUGAUGAUAGUGUGGCAAAUGUUAUCCUGGUGGCUCAAGAUCUAGAGAAAAUAAAACCAGCAGAGUACAGGCUGCAAUAUAAAGAGCGCCAGCUCCAGUACCUCCUGCAGAAUCAUUUGCCCACCCUGUUAGAAGAAAAGCAGAGGGCCUUUGAAAUCCUUGACAGAGGACCUCUCAGCUUAGACAAUACCCUUUAUCAAGUAGAAAAAGAGAUGGAAGAAAAAGAAGAACAACUUGCGCAGUACCAGGCUAAUGCGAGUCAGCUGCAGAAGCUCCAAGCCACCUUUGAAUUCACUGCCAACAUUGCACGUCAGGAAGAAAAAGUGAGGAAAAAGGAAAAGGAGAUUCUGGAAUCGCGAGAGAAGCAGCAGAGAGAGGCGCUGGAGCGUGCCGUGGCCAGGCUGGAGAGGAGGCACUCCGCGCUGCAGCGGCGCUCCACCCUGGGCCUGGAGAUAGAGGAGCAGAGGCAGAAGCUAGCAUCUCUGAACAGCAGCAGCAGUGAGCAGUCAGGGCUGCGAGCCAGCCUGGAAGCUGAGCAGGAGGCUCUGGAGAAGGACCAGGAAAGGUUAGAACAUGAAAUCCAGCAGUUGAAGCAGAAGAUCUGUGAGGUUGAUGGUGUUCACACAGGGCAUCAUGGGACCUUGGAGGGGAAGGCUGCUUCUUCCAGCUUACUAUCCAGUGCUGAAAAAUCUCAUCUGGUCCCUCUGAUGGAUGCCAGGAUCAGUGCUUACAUUGAAGAGGAAGUCCAAAGACGGCUUCAGGAUUUGCAUCGUGUGAUUGGCAACGACAGUAAUACAUCAGCAGAUAUGACAAAGGAUAAUGAGAAACUUCACAAUGGUACCAUUCAACGUAAGCUAAAAUAUGAGCGGAUGGUUUCUCGCUCUUUGGGAGCAAAUCCGGAUGAUCUGAAGGACCCAAUUAAAAUUAGUAUUCCACGCUAUGUUCUCUGCGGGCAAGGAAAGGAUGAGCACUUCGAGUUUGAGGUCAAGAUCACCGUCCUAGAUGAGACAUGGUCGGUAUUCAGGCGGUAUAGUCGUUUUCGAGAAAUGCAUAAGACACUGAAGUUAAAAUAUGCAGAGCUUGCUUCCCUUGAAUUCCCUCCAAAGAAGCUGUUUGGAAACAAGGAUGAACGUGUGAUUGCUGAGAGGCGAAGUCACUUAGAGAAAUACCUCAGAGACUUUUUCAGUGUGAUGCUCCAAUCUGUGACGUCUCCCCUUCACAUCAACAAAGUGGGGCUGACCCUUUCAAAACACACCAUUUGUGAGUUCUCACCAUUCUUCAAGAAAGGAGUCUUUGACUACAGCAGCCACGGGACAGGAUAGAGCUGGAGGUGACAGAAGAUCUACCAAUGCAGUGCCUUCUCGUCGAAGUGGGCCUCCGAGACAAGACACACUUCCAGGCGAGGGUUGGGGUCUACCCCCUCCUGCUGCAGGCCGACACAAGCAGGCUUCCAGGACCACCUCACCAGUUCAUACCUAGUGCCUGAGUUUGGGAUUGGGAUGCUUGGCUUGCUGAUGGCGACCUUAAUGGGCAGCUCGUACUGUUCCAUGGCAGUUGAAUGUGGCCUUUUCCCCAUAGUGCUUUCUUCCUAUCGCACAGUGGAGUCUGUUCCCUGUGGCAAGAUGGAUGUGGCUGGAUUGACUUGGACUCUCUAAGCCAAGUCAACCUGGGACUUCCCAAAGUGGGAGACUUAACCAGACCUCCCUCAAAUGACUUUCAUCUGGUUUCCUCUCACCAGAAUACACUCUUAUUUUUUAUAUUCCUUCUAUAUGGCUGGCUGUAUCUCAAGAAAAGCAUUAUAAAUUAUUUCGUUGUAUUUUUUUUCUUUUUUCCAUCCUUUGAAUCAGAACUUUGUAUAAUACCUACACACUGAUGUUUACACAGAAUGUCGUAUUCUGCAAAAGGGAAUUUCUGUUCAAUCAUGACUGAAGUCCUCCAUGCUUGACAAAUUGGAUGUAGAUAACAUCACUUCAAACUUCUAUAAAUCCAUACAAAUAGAGUAUUUGUUAAAUUUUGAAUAUUUGAGAAAAUUUUCCCAAAUGUAAAUGGCUACUGUACAGUCUCAAGCUUUUAUUGCUAAGCACAAAAUGAACACAUAACUGAACGCAUACUUUUGAACAUUAUUUUGUUCACAUUUUUGUUACAGACUCUACUGGAUCUUUAGCUGAAAGGCCCGAAUUUACAGUAGUUUAUUAAUGAUCCCUUAAAUUACUCAGGAGUUAAUGUCGCAUUGCACAUCUAUCUACAGCAAAGCUGCUUUGUAUUACUAAAGAAAAAAAAUAUGUGUGGUAUAUAUUGAAAUGUAUAUAAUUCUACCUAUAGAUUUAUAUAUAUAUACACACCUGUAUAAUAGUUGUAUCAAAAUAUAUAAUCAUUCACACCAAAUUUAUUAAAGGUAUUUGCUUUUUUGGAAUUUAAAUUCAGCUGCUAUCAAUAUUAAAUGAAGUUAUGGAAUCUACCCUGUAGCUCAGUUUAAUUUUGUGACAUGAUCAUACCUACUGGUGUCUUUAAAAAUUUAAUGUGUUUGGAAAGUUACAUAAUGUAUAAUUCAGCAUUUGUGUUGAUAAGAUACAGUUAUAUUAAUGACUGAAGUCACAAAUGAAUGGGUAACAAAACCUGUUUGCAUUCACUCUUCUAGAAUAUGCCUGUACGACAGAACUUGAAUGUGAAAAAUAUGUUUAAAGAUGCAGUUAUCCUGCUAAGGGCGGGGGGAACCAUUAUCACACUAAUUGGAUAUCAUAGUUUAGCAUGAAAAAAAUGAGCACCCUUUUUUUUCAUUGCUGUAGGAAGGCUUGCUUUUGUCUACAGUUGUGAUUACAGGCAUGGGUUUAGGUGAAAUUACUACUGGAGAAUUUAAACCUAGAGAUUAAAGGAUAAAAGCUGGGAGAUAUUAAUUAACCAUAGGUCAUUUGCUUAAAAGGAAUCUAAGCACUAAAGUUUGUCCCUUGUUUGCUGAAUAAACUAAAUGAUUUUCUUCAACUGAGCAGAAAAUGCAUCCCCUGCCCUUUUGGAUCCGAGGACAUGCUCAUAGCAAGGGUUUCACUAAAAUCACGCAGGGCACAGUAAUAAUUGGCAAGGAUACAACGAUGCUUGUAAGAAGGGCAGGAAUCCUAAGAUCCUUUGAUUCCAGUAUUCAUCUUAAGUAAUUGGUUUGGAGUUUGGAGUUCACGUGCAGCUGGCUCUGGUGAAAGGCAGACAUGAGUCAUUUCACCUCCCUUCACCUCAGUCUUCACAUCUGAAAAUGAAGCUGUUGCAUGAAUAUCUCCUGGUUUCAUUUGAUCCCAUGGUUACAAGCAGAGGAAUAAUCUACUCCGAGUGGACCAGCCAGGGUCCUGGGGUGUGGGUGUCAAAAACAAACUUCUAGUUGAACUCAAAGGCAGCUUGAUUUGAAUAAGACAUGAGGAAGUAUUGAAAAGCCACUGAAGUCUCCUCUAAACAAAUAAUAGAAUUCCCUCCUGGCAUGAAGAUGGCAAUGGUGACAAAACUAAAGCUUCACUUUGUUAAUUUGCACUAAUUCAAAGGAAUUAAAAAAAAAAAAAACCUGGCACAUGAGCAUUUUAUUACUUUCGAGUGCAUCGAGUAAUGAAGUGAUACUCAACUGAUCCCAUUUUAUGCAAUUCAAGUUGAGGUGCUACCAACUUACAAAAUAUUUUGUAGGCAGUUUGACAACUAAGGAACUGAAACAGAAUUCUUGGGGUAGUUUUAACAUUCCCUCUUACAUCUCACACAAUGAAGGAUAUGCUUCAAAUUUGCUUAUAAUCACAGGUAGUAUAGGAACCUUCAGUUUAUCUCCCCCCAGACCUUGCUUCUUCUGAAUUGGAAAGAUUCAGAGUCAACCCUAUGAUUGAUUUAGGCAUGUAACCAAGUUGUGCUGACUCCCCAGUGACACCAUCUAGAAGAUUCUCAGGCCCAUUAAAUGGAGAUGUUUGGAGAUACUCGAACAGGGCAGUCUGGCCCCAGGACCACUUAUAGUUGAUUGCAGAAAGAGACAGUUCUGCUCAGUUUGGCUUCUGACUACCCACUCCAGGCUCUAGACAAGUUUGUGUUUUGUAGUCUGGGCAGAAGCUCUACAGCUUAUGGAUCCGUAGAACUGAAGUGUAACAGCUACAGAGAGAAUGCAGGUAGUAAUUCCAGCCUGAUAUAAGCAAGAAUUUUCACCAAUGUCCUCUUUCCAAACAGAAGUGUUGGAAAGAGGUUUUCAAAUACAAUCUCUUUACAGUUGCUUAAAAUGAUGCCUUUAGGUGUGAUGAGUUGAACAAUUCUGCCACCCGAGGCCCUCAGUUUCCCAUAAUCCUAUACCCCUGCAGGAUCAGGUCAGCCUUUGUUACUGGAAAGUUCUCUUUGUUUUUUUCAUUUUGAGUAAGGAAAGUUAAAUAGCUCCGUGGUGAAGUCAACUGCUUUAAUUUUAAUUAUCAUGACAGGUGCUUUACAUUUGGGUGCUUUACAUUUCAUAAAGACAAUUUAUGAAAACUCAUUCUUGAGAAAUUAAACCUCCUAAAGACAGGUCUCUUUCCAUGUGCAAGAAGAGGAUUUUGUUCGUAAUUUAAAAAAGAAAUUGUUUACAGUGCCUGUUC